AAGAACAUGCUGCUGGCAGAGGAUCUUCUUCAUUCCUCUCCAGAAGAGGAGAAGAGGAAACACAAGAAGAAGCACCUGGUGCAGAGUCUCAAAUCCUAUUUCAUGGAGGUGAAAUGCCUAGGAUGCUAUAAAAUCACCACCAUCUUUAGCCGUGCACAAACAGUUCCGUGUGUUGGCGGCUGCACUGUUCUCUGCCAGCCUAGAGAAGGAAAAGCAAGGCUUACAGAAGGGUGCUCCUUUAGAUGGAAGCAGUGCUAA